AUGCCGUCCAUUUUUCGCAAACGUGGCGAGCCCGAGGAGAUCACGCCCUACCCCGCCCUUGACGACGAUGCCGAGGCCACGGGCAUCGAGCCGCUGAAGGCUCUGGCUCAGUUCGAGAAGGCACACAAGCUCGAUCCGAAUAUGCCAAUUGAUGAGCUCAACGAUGUCGAUACCGCGCUCGCUACCGGAAAUGCCGAGAAGGGUCUCGAGAUCGAACAGGCUCUUAUGGAGGACAAUUCGCCCUAUCCAGAGGUCCGCGCCGUAGUACGGAAUUACGAUGUCGAUUUGCCAGCAAAUACGAUUCGCGCAUGGGUCAUCGGCAUGCUCCUCUGCACUGUCGGCUCUGGUGUCAACAUGCUCUUCUCACUCCGCAACCCCAGUGUCACCAUCACCACCUAUGUCGUCCAGCUCAUCGCCUAUCCUAUUGGUCUGGGUUGGGAUCUAGUCAUGCCCGACAAGGAGCAGAAUGUCUUUGGUGUCAAGUUCAACCUUAAACCCGGCCGUUUCAACUACAAGGAGCACGUUAUCAUUGUGGCCAUGUCUAAUGCUGCGUAUGGAGGUGGUGUCUUGUACGCGACCGAUGUUCUGCUUGCACAGCAGCUCUUCUACAAGCAGCACUUUGGCUGGGCUUUCCAGUUGCUCUUCGGCAUCACUACCCUCUGCACUGGAUACGGUCUGGCCGGUCUGGCGCGACGCUUCCUUGUGUGGCCCUCUGCCAUGAUCUGGCCCUCGAACCUGGUCAACUGUGCUCUCUUCUACACCCUCCACGACCACUCUGGCUCUGAUCCGACCAAGACCAACGGCUGGAAGAUUGGCCGCUACCGCUGGUUCCUUAUCGUUAGCGGUGGUGCCUUCAUCUGGUACUGGUUCCCCGGUUGGAUUUUCCAGGGACUUUCGUACUUUACCUGGAUCUGCUGGGUUGCGCCCAAGAACGAGAUUGUCAACAAGGUCUUUGGUGGCCUUUCGGGUUAUGGACUCAUGCCAAUCUCAUUUGACUGGACCGUCAUCUCAGGUUACCUGACGUCGCCGCUGAUCCCGCCUUUCCACGCCAUCGCCAACGUGAUUGCGGGCAUCAUCAUCUUCUUCGUCAUCGUCUCGUCCGGCAUCCACUUCUCCGGAACCUGGUAUUCCGACUACUUCCCCGUACAGAGCUCCGAAUCAUUCGACAAUACCGGCGCCGUCUACAACGUCACCCGAAUCCUCGACGCAAACUUGCAGUUCAACGAGACCGCCUACAACGACUACUCUCCUCUUUACCUGCCGACUCAAUUCGCUCUGGCCUACGCUCUUUCGUUCGCCGCUGUGGCUGCCGUUGUCGUUCACGUUGUUCUGUACCAUGGCACGGAGAUUUGGGGCCAGUUCAAACUGGCGCGCCAUCAAGAGGAUGACGUGCACAUGCGUUUGAUGAAGAAGUAUCGAGACGCUGAGGAUUGGUGGUAUCUGGCACUCUUCGUUGUCAUGGUUGCCAUCUCGUUUGGUGUUGUUGCUGGAUGGCCAACUGGUUUCCCGGCGUGGGCCUACGUUGUGUGCAUUCUGAUUCCCGUUUUCUGGAUCAUUCCUAUCGGCAUCGUGCAGGCCAUCACUAACAUCCAGCUCGGCCUCAACGUCUUGACCGAGUUCAUCAUCGGAUACAUGGUGCCGGGUCGCCCCCUCGCGAUGAUGAUGUUUAAGAACUACGGCUACAUCUGCAUGUCGCAAGCGCUGUACUUUGCGCAGGAUCUCAAGCUCGGUCAUUACAUGAAGGUACCCCCUCGUACCAUGUUCGCCUCUCAACUUGUCGCAUCACUCUGGUCAGCUAUUGUUCAGAUUGCUGUCAUGAACUGGGCCCUCGGCACCAUCCCCGACGUUUGCCAGCCCGAUCAACCCAACAGCUACACCUGCCCCGGUGGUCGCGUCUUCUUCACCGCAUCAAUCAUCUGGGGUGCGAUCGGUCCCGCCCGUAUAUUUUCCGGUCAGGCGCUGUACGCCUCCCUCCAGUGGUUCUGGCUCGUUGGCGCCAUCACACCGGUCAUCACUUGGUUCCUUGCCCGAAAGUGGCCCAAGAGCAUCUGGCGCUACGUUAACACGCCGCUCCUGUACGGAGGCUCUGGCUGGCUCCCUCCUGCCAGUGUCUACAUUUACCUCUGCUGGGCGCUUGUUGGCACUAUUUUCAACUUCUUCAUCAAGCGUCGCUACACCGGCUGGUGGUUGCAGUACAAUUACAUUACCUCGGCGGCCCUCGACUGUGGCCUCAUCGUGGCCACGCUCAUCAUCUUCUUCACGUUGUACCUCACAUCCGCCAGGCCACCACAAUGGUGGGGUAAUGUUGAUGUAUUUGAAACGAUGGACUGGAAGGGCACGGCAAUUAGGAAGCAAGUGGCCCCUGGCGAGAUCAUUGGCCCCAGUGUUUGGCCUUGAGGAUUUUAUGAGGAUGUAAAAAUUUGAGAAGCGUAUUAAUGAUGUUCAGUUGGAUAAGGAUAUAGGAGUUUGGUGGCUUCUUGAACGUAUGUACCACGGUCUCACGGCCCUUGGGGAGGAGUAUUUGGGUAUUGCUAUUAUUUCACGGCUCUGAUGCGAGGAUUGUCUGUACGGCUGAUGAUAUCUCGGCGCGAAUCUACUUGCCCGUCUAUUUUAUAAGUAUGAAUCAACGAUAAGAUUGACGUUGCAGCUUAUUUCCAGUUGUCUAUGGGUUUGUGAGAGUGCCACUUACUGC